GUUCUGCAGUUAGAGGGUAAUGUUCUGCAGCGGUAGCGGUUACUGGUCAUACAUGACUAUAAAUUCACGUGUGUUUGUUUUCCAGGUGGUCUUUCGGCAGCCCUUACCCUCCUACAAGCAAUGUAUGUGGUGACUGAUGAAACGGAUUCCUUUUCUGUGAAACAUGAAAAAUAGCCUCAGAGACCGGGAUUACCGGACCCUAUCCUCGAAGCGUCCCACUGACCCCACGAUCAUGAAGGACAGGAAUCGGGUGGCUGAGAGGGUCCUGGACCUCACCCUGGAGAUCAUCUCCCUGCUGACCGGAGAGGAUUACAUGAUUGUUAAGAAGGGUGGUGAUAUGUCAGACGGACCCCCCAGGACCCGGAGCCCCAGCCCGGUGCCUCCACCUCACUCGCUGACCCACGUGAGGAACCGCGAGCAGAAGAUCCUGGAACUGACCAACAAGAUGAUGUCCCUGCUGACUGGAGAGGUUCCUGUAAGGUGUGAUGAUGUCACCGUCUAUUUCUCCAUGGAGGAGUGGGAGUAUUUAGAAGGACACAAGGAGCUUUACAGGGACGUGAUGAUGGGGAUCCACCAGCCCCGUGUCUCUCCGGACGGAUCCGAGGUCAGAGAUCGAGUCCCUAAUUCUCCGCUGGACUGUAAGACGUCUCAUUUUAUUAAGGAGGAAUCCACCUCAUGUGAAGAGACAGACAUUUGUGACCCGGCGGAGUCUCCACAGACAGAGUUCACAUCGACUCGUUAUGAGGACGGAUCCCCCUCAGAUGAAGACGGAAAUGUCUCAGCCCCCGAUACACACACAGAGCACGACGAGGGGGAUAAUACGUCUGUCCACGUAAAGGAGGAAUCCGCUUCCAGUGAAGCUUAUUGGAUCCCAACCGAACACAAGGAAUCUACUUCUACUGAUAAAACCCAAACCAGUAACACACAUUUUCAGCGUGAAACACACACCGAUGAGGGUACAUAUAGCUGCCCCGAGUGUCAGGAACGGUUUACCAGUGACUCUGAUCUUCUUCUACAUCAGACCAUCCAUAAUAGAUCAGUGGUCUCUUCUCUGGACAGCGAGAAAAGUUCUCACUCGAAAUCUGAGCGUAUUAACCAUCAGCGAGGAGAGAAGCCUUAUUUGUGUUCAGAAUGCGGAAAGUUUUUUAAGUGGAAAGCAGACCUUCACCGACACAUCAGAAUUCACACAGGUGAGAAGCCUUUUCUGUGUUCUGAGUGCGGGAAAUGUUUUAAGUGGAAUGCAGACCUUCUUCGACAUCGCAAAAUUCAUACCGGGGAGAAGCCUUUUCCAUGUUCUGAGUGUGGGAAACGCUUCACACAAAAGUUAAAUCUUUUAGUCCACCAGCGGACUCACACGGGUGAAAAACCAUUUGCGUGUUCCGAGUGCGGUAAAUGCUGUAACAGUAAACAGGAACUUAUUAAACAUCUCCAAAUUCACACAGAGGAGAAUCCUUAUUCCUGUCCAGAGUGCGGGAAAUGUUUCACAAGGUCAUCAGAUUUUUCCCUCCACCAGCGGACUCACACAGGAGAGAAACUGUUUCCAUGUUCAGAGUGUGGAAAAUGUUUCAAGUGGAACGCGGACCUUCUUCGACAUCUCCGAAUUCACACCGGGGAGAAGCCUUUCUCUUGCACCAAGUGCAGGAAAUGUUUCAAACAAAAGUCUCAUUAUGUAGUCCACCAGCGUACUCACACGGGCGAAAAACCAUUUCCGUGUUCCGAGUGCGGGAAAUAUUUUACCAGUAAGUGGCACCUUGUUCAACAUCUCAGAAUUCACACCGGGGAGAAACCUUUUCCAUGUACUGAGUGCGGGAAACGCUUCACACAAAAGUUACAUCUUUUAGUCCACCAGCGGACUCACACUGGUGAAAAAAAAUUUGCGUGUUCCGAGUGCGGUAAAUGUUGUAGCAAUAAAGGGGAUCUUGUUAGACAUCUUCGAAUUCACACCAAGGAGAAGCCUUAUUCCUGCUCAGAGUGCGGGAAAUGUUUCACAAGGUCAUCAGAUUUUACCCUCCACCAGCGGACUCACACAGGAGAGAAACCGUUUCUGUGUUCUGAGUGCGGGAAAUGUUUUAUUCGGAAAUGCCGACUUAUUCAACAUGUUAGAAUUCACACCGGGGAGAAGCCUUAUACGUGUUCAGACUGCGGGAAAUGUUUCAAGCAAAGGUCACAUUUAGUGGCCCACCAGCGGACUCACGCGGGUGAAAAAACAUUUCCAUGAGUUUGGAAAUGUGUGGGGAACGCUUAGCAGUAGCAAGAGACUCGCUGACCUUGUCAGAAUUCACACCGGGGAGAAUGUGAGAAAUGGUUCCCACGGUUCAAAUACGUUAUUUUCUCGAAUACAGGCUGCAGUUUUCCCUGAGGGGAGGUGAGGCCUAUAACCAAGGUUUAGAUAUUCUCAAAGUCUCUUUACCUUUUCCACCAACCGCUUCUGUGUCCCCUUCUCCUUUCCGGUAGCUCCUUGGGCCCCAGGUAGUGCUCCAGUUGGCCAGAAUAAUGCAGACAUAUUGGUGGAGAAAGAGAGAUGCAAAAAUACUUCUUUCUCUUGGUCCCCUGGUUUGGUUUUCCGCCAGCCUUGUCUUUUUUUCCGGUUGGGUUGUGGUUGGGGAGCGCGUCUCCACCUCUGUCGUCCGCCAUCUUCCCAACAUUUAUGACCUGUGUUUCUAUUUUUCCUACCCUCCAAUGCAUCAUUCCUGCUCCUGACUCAGAACACUUUCUCUUAAAAGAUAUUUAUUUCUUCCUCUUUUUUUCCUCUUAUUGUUAUUUUUCACACACGUGUGUUUAUCUUUAACCCCUUCUGUGUCUAAAUAUUUUUUUCUCUCACAUAUUUUUAUUUUAGCCUGAAUAUAGACACAUUUUCAUUAUUAUUAAAAUUACAUA